AUGGCGGCCCAGCAAACUAUAGAUGCACCAUGGCAUGCCGCGUUUCCAAACCCCACGGCCACUGCUGGGGCUGUGAGCCGCUCUGAAGUCCUUGGGUGGCUAUCAAAGAGUGAUGGACCGCUAGACUAUGUGUUAGUAGACGUUCGCAGAGUCGACCAUGAGGGAGGAACGAUACGAGGGUCUAUCAACCUACCAGCCCAAAGUUUCUACGCAUCACGCCCAACGAUAUACAAAUUGCUAAAGCAGGCUGGUAUUAAAAAGGCCGUCUUUUACUGCGGUUCAUGCAAUGGCCGAGGGCCCCGUGCGGCAGGUUGGUUUGCCGACUACCUGCAGGAACAAGGGGACACUGAUAUCCAAAGCCUUAUCCUUGACGGUGGCAUUAAAGGCUGGGUGAAGGCUGGAGAGGAGUAUGUGGCUACUAUGGAUGGCUAUGAUCCCGCUACUUGGAACCUAUGA